AUGAAGCAGCCACUCUCCGAUUCCUCCUCCUGCCCAGCUACCGCUAGCCACGGCAACCACCGCCUGGGAAGCUACGAGCCCACCUCCGUGCUCGACCCCAUCGCCACCUCCACCUCCACCGGCAGCCCCGCCACCACACUCGCUGCACCGGCGCACGCCGGCACCCUGCAGGGCACGCCGCAUCAUCCGCACGACGACUGGGACGCACUGUCCUGGCUCCUUUCCCCGGACGACCAAAAAGACGGGACCGGCGAGCUCUUCUCCCUCAACGCGCACCAGCACUCCUCUCCGUUCGACGUCCUGGCUGACCCGUUCGACCCGUACAGCUGCUCCCCGCCGGCGGAGUCCCAUGAGCAGCAUCUCCGGGCCGCCGCGGAGGCCGUCUGGGCGGGGGACUCGGUCGCCGCGAGCGGCAUGCUGGCUCGGCUCACCCAGGCCCUCCCGCACCCUCCCCGGACGCCGCCGCAGCGCGCGGCGUCCCACUUCGCGGAGGCGCUCCAGUCCCUCCUCGCCGCGCCGGACCAGUUCCUGGCGCGGCCCGAGCGCCCCGCGGUGUCCGCCGCCGACGUGAUACGCCGGAUCGGCGCGCAGCGAGCCUUCGCGUGCCUCUCGCCGGUCCCGCAGUUCGCCAGCUUCACGGCCAACCAGACCCUCCUCGAGGCGUUCGAGGCGCCGUUCCACAUCGUCGACUUCGACCUCGGCCUCGGCGGCCAGUGGUCCUCCUUCGUCGAGGAGGUCGCCGCUCGACGGCUGCCUUCGCAGCACGCCACGGCUACGCCGGCCGUCCGCGUGACCGCCGUCGUCCACGAGGAGACCGCAGAGACGCUGCUCGCCGCCGACAACCUUCGGGACUUCGCGUGCGGCCUCGGCGUGCGCUUCGCCAUCGACGUCGUCCGGCUCGACGCGCUCGCCGUCGGCAGCAUCCGGGCCUCCGGUGACGAGGCUGUCGCGGUCGUCCUCUCUCCGGCCAUCUUCCGCCACCUCGCCGCGACCAGGCCUGACGCUUCCGACGCGCUCCUGGAGUUCAUCCGGCGCUCGGAUCCGCGGGUCGUGGUCUUGGUCGAUGCUGAGGUCUCGUUGGGCGCAGGGGAGGGCGUGGCGCCGCUGAUGCGCAGCCUGGAGUCCUGCACGGUGCUGACGGAAUCCGUCGAGGCGGCCGCCGCCGUGAGCGCGGGCGAGGACGCCAUGCUACGCGUGGAUCGUGGCGUCGUCAGGGAGAGGGCCUACGCGGCGGUGCGGUCUUGGUGGAGCCGGUGCGAGCCAUGGAAAGAGACGGUGGUGCGCGCAAGGUGGGCGCCUGUGGCGCUCAGCGAUCUCGCGACGGCGCAGGCCGAGUGGAUCGUGAGGCGGGCACCGGUGGAGGGCUACCGCGUCGUCCGGCGGGACGGCGCCUUGGUGCUCUGCUGGCACGGCUACGACCUGGCCGCCACGUCCGCAUGGAGGUGCUGA